AUGAAGUCAUAAAUAUUUUAAAUAAAUUGUACAACAAGAAGCGGGAAAAUGUAAUAAGAAACUAAUGACUAAAUUUUUGGAAGUUUUUAGAAUUUGUAAAUUCCAAAAUAAGAAAGUGUAUGCUUGGAUGUUUAAUGUUGCAAUAAUUAGAUUAUAGCUUCAAUAUAUAAAAAUAAUAAAAUAGCUAUUUAUAAUUAUAAGACAAAUACUAAUUUUGAAAUUGAGAGUGAAAAAUUAUUGUAUAGCAGUACUUUUAGUCAUCCUGAUAGCCUAAAUAAAAAUUAACUUUAUCUAUUUGGAUAAUCAAUAUAAAUAUUAGAUUUAGAAAAAUAAAUUAUUAGUCAUUAAAUAAAUACUGAAUUUAGUUAUUGUGGAGAUAGCAAUAUUUGGAAUGAAGUCUGUGUUGCAAAUGAAAAAACAUUGUUAUUUUGGGAUAUACGUUAGAAAUUACCAUUUAAUUGUAUAUUGGCACAUUCAAUGUAAAUAACACAAUGCAAAUAUAAUGAAACAGGAAGAUAUAUAACAACAACCGGUUUAGAUAAUGUGUAAAAUCUAAAAUAUAUUAUUAGUGUGCAAGAGUAUUUGAUUCUUAUGGAACAGAUUCUUUAGUUACAAUAUGUGGAAGCAAGAAGACUCAUACAACUUCAAGUCAAUUUAUUAGAGAUUCAAAGCAUUUGAUAGUAUCCACUUUAGAAUAACCAUUGGGAUUAUGGGAUUGGGUAGAAUGCAAUUUAGUAGCUUAAUAUAAGAUUCAAUAUCAAAAUAGAUUCUUCAUAAAACCAAUAGUAAUUUAUGAUGAAAAAGGCAUUCCUAAUUUUAUUUUGUAUCCGAAUGAUGCUAAUUAAAUUUAUUUGUUUAAUUUUUUAAAGCCUGAUGAUAAACCAUUAAUUUAAUAGUAUUUUUUUAAUUUAUAAUUAGAUUGGAUUAGUUUGGAAAUGAUAUUCCGGUAAGAUUAUUAAAGAAUGAUGAAGAUUAUUUGUUAUUUGGAAAGAAUGAUAUAAUAAAAUGUAAACGUAAAUUUUGA